AUCAAUCAAGGAACUCUCCUUCCACUGUCAUCUAUGGCUCAAGUCUCCCCAAUUUGCUUCUACAGCUCAAAUCUUUUAUGCUAAUAUUACAAAAAUAUCUCAUGGAUUUCACAUUUAAUUCUUUUUGUAAGAACAUCAGUUGGUGACUGUUUUCAUUUUUGAUGUUUAUGCCUCCACUGAGCAUCAUUCUUUCCCCAAAAAGUCAAACCUAUUUCUUGUCUCUACAAAUUCCUGUAGUAAUCGAUUCUUUAUCAACUCAUUAUUUCAUAAUUGAAUGAAAUAAGUUAUGGGGUUUUCUUAUUUGAAUCUUUAAUCCUCAAAAAGCCUCUCUUUUUCUCUCUAAAUCUGAACUUGGGUAUAUGUAGAAAUCUUGAAAUUUGGACUUCAUUGUUUUGAAAUUUGUUCUCUCUCUCUCUCUCUCUCUCUCUCUCUCUCUAUAUAUAUAUAUAUAUAUAUACACAUACAUAUAUUGAAAUGUAUAGAAGAAAGAUUAAGAAAGCUAGUUUUGAUAUGAGUGAGAUAACAGAGUUCUUAAAUCAAUUGACGGUGGAAAAACCACUUUUUCCAUUAGUGAUUCCUCUGUUAUUGGUUUUAUGGAGUAUUGAGAAAUGGGUUUUCAACCUUUCCAAUUGGGUUCCUCUUGCAGUUGCCGUCUGGGCAACCAUUCAGUAUGGAAGCUAUCGGCGGCGAAUCCUUGUGCAAGACUUGAACAAAAAGUGGAAGCAACUCAUUUUACAAACAUCUCCUACAACACCAUUGGAGCACUGUGAGUGGCUCAACAAGCUCUUAAUUGAAGUUUGGCCCAAUUUCAUUAGUCCGAAGCUUUCUUUAAAAUUCUCAUCCAUUGUCGAGAAACGCCUAAAGCAUCGGAAGCCAAAGCUAAUUGAAAGGAUUGAGCUGCAAGAGUUUUCAUUGGGUUCACGCCCUCCUAUAUUGGGAAUGCAUGGGGCUCAAUGGUCUAGCGCAGGUGAUCAGAGAUUCAUACGCAUGGGCUUUGAUUGGGACACUACCGACAUAAGUAUCAUGUUGCUUGCGAAGUUGGCAAAACCCAUGGGAACGGCUCGAAUCGUCAUAAACAACCUCCACAUCAAGGGUGAUCUUAUUCUAUCACCAAUUUUAGAUGGGAAAGCAUUUUUAUACUCGUUUGUGUCAACUCCUGAGGUCAGGAUAGGUGUCGCAUUCGGAAGUGGUGGCAGCCAAUCUUUACCUGCAACAGAACUCCCUGGUGUUUCAUCGUGGCUGGUUAAACUUUGCAGCGAUACAUUGAAUAAAACAAUGGUUGAACCUCGACGCCGUUGUCUUUCUUUGCCGCCAGUGGACCUACGGAAAAAGGCGGUCGGAGGUGUACUCCAUGUCACGGUUGUGUCAGCCGGAAAACUUUCUCGGAGUAGUUUUAAAGGAAGCCGUACAAACAGGCAACAAAGCUCUACAAUUGAUGCUUCUGUACUAGAGAAUCAUGAAAUUGGUAAAGAUUUUCAUACAUUUGUUGAAGUCGAACUCGAAGAUUUGACGAGGAAAACACUUGAGCUUGCUGGACCCAACCCAACAUGGGAUUCAACAUUCAAUAUGAUUCUUCAUGAUGAUGCUGGAAUUCUUAAGUUCAAUCUUUAUGAAUGUUGUCCAGACAGUGUGAAUUAUGACUACCUUGCUAGCUGUGAAGUUAAGUUAAGAUAUUGCACAGAUGACUCGACCAUCUUUUGGGCAAUUGGAGCAGAAUCAAGCGUGAUAGCGCAGCAUGCUGAGUUUUGUGGAAAAGAAGUUGAAAUGGUGGUUCCAUUCGAGGGUAUUAACUCGGCAAAUUUGAAAGUGAAACUUACGUUGAAGGAGUGGCAAUUUUCUGAUGGUUUGCAUAGCUUGAGUGGUUCUCGACUUAGCUCACGAGGAUCACUAUAUGGGUCCUCUAUUUUUCAACCACGAACCGGAAGGAAGAUUUACGUGACUGUUGUUGAAGCCAAAGAACUUUUAGAGAAGGACAAAAGCGUAAAGUCGUAUGUUAAACUACAAUAUGGAAAGACCAUCCAAAGAACCAGAGGUGCUACAAAUGCUUCACAUCCUAGUUGGAGUCAGAAGUUUGAGUUUGAAGAGAUCAGCGAUGGUGAAUAUCUAAAGAUAAAAUGCUAUAACGAUGACAUCUUUGGAGAUGAGAAUAUUGGUGGUGCAAGGGUAAAUUUGGAAGGGCUAAUGGAUGGGGUAGUGAGGGAUGUAUGGAUUCCGCUUGAGAAAGUAAAUAAGGGUGAAGUGCGGCUUCAAAUCGAAGCAGUAACGAUAGAUGAUUUUGAAGGAUCCAAGGGUUCACAUGGAGGUUUGAUUGAGCUUGUUCUUAUUGAAGGAAGAGAUCUUGUUGCUGCAGAUAUUCGGGGAACUAGUGAUCCCUAUGUCAGGGUACAUUAUGGAAACUUGAAGAGAAGAACCAAGGUAAUGUAUAAAACUCUGAAUCCCCAGUGGCAUCAAACUUUUGAAUUCCCUGAUGAUGGCAGUCUCUUAGCUCUCCAUGUAAAAGACCACAAUGCCCUUUUGCCAACGUCAAGUAUUGGCGAUUGCAUAGUGGAAUAUCAGCGAUUGCCUCCAAACGAGAUGUCUGAUAAGUGGAUACCCCUUCAAGGAGUUAAAAGGGGAGAGAUUCAUGUUCAAGUUACUAGAAAGGUUCCAGAACUACAAAAGAAAACUUCUGCUUCUGAGUCAACCUCAAGUAGAGGACACAAAAUUUCAAUCCAGAUGAAGGAAAUGAUGAUAAAAAUCCGGUCUUUGAUUGAAGACGAAAAUCUUGAAGAAGUGUCAUCGACUCUGAGUGAGCUGGAAAGCCUGCAUGAGGUGGAAGAAGAAUGCAUAAUCCAACUUGAAACAGAGCAGAUGCUGUUACUUAAUAAAAUCAACGAGUUGGGUCAAGAAAUCAUCAACUCAUCACCUUCACUCAGCAGAAGAUCUUCAAGUAAUUGAUGACGAUGCUAUUUGGGUAACAUGUAUGUAUAGUUUGGUAUAGAUCACAAUAGGGUUAAUCACCAAAAAGACAUACUAUUUGCCAAUUGGACAGAUACUUUUUUUCCUCAAAAUUGACAGGAAUGGUGCUGGAUCAUGCCACAGUGCAUAAGUUAUGCACAUUGGUUGACACAGUUACUGGAGAUGAUUGUAUUCGUCUAAUUGGCUAAAAAUGUUUGGUAAUUAACCUGAUUACCAUACAUAAUUCUAAAUGAAAAAUGUGAUAUGGGUGAUGUGAGUUCAUUAGGUGUUGAUUUGAUGAGGGAACAAACUAGUUGUAUUUGUACAUGUAUUUUCCACAAAACAAGUGUAUAGUAGUCAAAAAGCAUGUGAAGCUGUGAA